CCGCAUCAGCCUCCAUAAUUUUCAUUAUGGAUCCAUAACUACGCCAAUUGUCAGUAACUAUGUCCUCUCCCUCUUGUUCUCCUCCUCACCCUUGCACACUGCCACCUGCGCGGCGAUAGCGCCGCUGCGUCGUCCAGAUUGCCGCCCCAGCAGCCUCUUCUGCGCCUCCUCUCCGUCGUUCGCUGCACCCAUCGAUCAUUCGUCCUUGCGCUGAUGUGUAUCGGACAAAGCAUACUGCCUCCAGCCCACACGUGAGAUCGCCCGAAGCUCCAGAUUCCCGUUUACUCUACGCCGAUAUAAAGCAUGGACGACGAACACACCGCCGCCGCGUGCACAGCACAGGAGGACCGCCCUCCCUCCGCCCCCAACAUCCAAGGUUGGAACCCCCAGCAAGUCACCACCCCCCCCCAGUACCUCGGUCGCAAGACCCUCCCGAUAAAGCGCGGCGACGCCGAACCCCUCACCAGGGAAGACCUCCAGUAUGAUCUUCUCUACUACAUCUUUGCCGAUCGCACCGUGGCCUUCGUCGACUUCCUAGCGCCGGGGAAGCCUCUCGUUAAUUUCUGCGACCUCUACGUCAAUGCCCUCUACAACUCCAGCAAGUGUUCAAAGGUCCUCAAGGACAAGAUGGUCGAGACGCCCGCCUUUGCUAUCGAGUUUGCUAAGAUUUCCCUCCUUACCAACGUGGGCAGGAUAAAUACCACCAUGGCCUUUUUUCCCGAGAUGAAGACUGCCUUGCGCAGCUAUCACCCGCGCGCCGGGCAAAUCCCGCCAACGAGCGUCGUCAACCUUAUAUUCGUCCUGGCCAAUUCUAACAACUCGCAGCAAAUUGCGCACAGUCAUUUUGAUCCGCCAGUCGAGUUCCUCGACCUCUUCCUCCCCGUCAACCUCUCCUCUGCCUCCCGUGCCAAAGCCUUCUUGUGGCUGAUCCCUGGUAAGGUACCGCGACUGCGUCACCUCACCGGUGAGGAGAUGGCGCGAGAGAACGUCGACCCUUCAGAGGAGUCGAUGCAUGAUUAUGGCCAAUCGAGGCGCAGCCGCCCGCCGCGCUAUCCUGGAUCAACGUCUGGGGGAAGCCGCGGCUCGUCGCUGUCCCGCAGCGACUAUCCUGUGCCCUCUCAUGUGGUGAGUCGGCGCCGCGACAACCCCUCGGGCGCCGCUGUAUCAGAAACUCCGUAUUCAAAAUAUCGCCCAGAUGAACCGUCAGGUUCUAGUCCGAAUCAGGAGCGAAGCAUGUUCGAACAUGCCUGGCACAUCGCGGCUACCACCGAUCCGCUGAACGACUCGGACGAAGAACAGGACGAGCAUGUCAGGCUCGACUAUAACCGACGACUCCGUGUACUAUCGCGACUACGAGGGAAGGACCCCACGCCAGAGCCAGAAACCGAGCCCGUUCCACCGUCCACUAGUAUGCAGCCUUCGCAGCAGUUCAACGCCCAGAACCCACCCCCGAGCGGGGCAGAUAGUGGGACUGGUCGACUAUCCCAGGUCCAAUCCUGGCGGUAGUGCCGCCAUCGCUGAAUCACUGUAGACGGCAUAUCGUCCGCGGAUUGGGGUCCCAUCCGCCGGAUGACGCUCGUCGAUGCUGCUGCCCUCCUUGCGCGUCCAUUGGGUUUGUGUGUUCUGUACAACGCUAACCAUGUCUUCCUGUCGGGCCUGGUAUAAUUCAUAAAAGUGUAAAUAUGUAUCACCGGUUUCUUUUCCUGCCAGUCUUGUGUCAGUCUGUCAAUUAUACUUGCUUUCAUGCUCCCGAACAAGCUUACUCGGACCCUGCAUGGCUGGCAGUACCUGAGAACGUAAUGUAUUGCCUCCGCAUCUCACCGGC